CUAAGGAGUGGAGCUGGUCUACAUUAUUCACCAAAAGAAGGAUUGUAAUAUGGAUUUCUGUUGAAAUAUCUCUGGACUUGUUCAGUGGUUCUUCUGCCAUGCUCAACUUUAAAUGUGACAAUGAACUCGUACAGCUACCCAUUACUGCAUUAUCAAACUCCAAUGCAGCAAAGACAAUGUUUUAUUUGCAGUCCAACACUCCAUUCACUUCUGAUACAGCCCAAGACCUCCUCAGGGCUCACUGUCCAUACCUCUGCACAGACAUCAAUGAGAUGAGGGACGCCCCACAGAUGGUCAGAGCAGUGGAGCGGCCGGAAGAGGCAGUGUCUGUUUGGAGGAGGGAGGGACGAGCCACGAGGGAGCUGAAGAAAAUCCAGCAAAGAGUACAGUGCAUUCUGGAGUCAUGGAUGGACUUCUACUGCAUGGCUAUUGGAAUCAAAUGUCCCAACAUGCAGCGGAUGCCAGAUGUCCCACCGAGGUCCAGGCUGAAGAGAGAGGUACAAUCCGCUGCUCUGCCCUCUCUGAACUCACCUGAGCGCACAAACCAUGAGCCCGCCCCAACACAGGAGGAGGAGGCGCUGCACGGACACCGGUCAGCAGCACCAGGACCAAAGAAUCACAACGUGGCUUUAAAACUCUUGAGCUGUCCACAGAAAAAAUGCACCAAGGAGGAACCUCCCAUCACAUGGAUUGGACCUGUUCAGUUUUAUGGCAACAUCAAGCGGGAGUCGGUGAUACUUCCAGUAGACCCAGAUCAACAAGCCACAUGUGCUUCAUACCCAGUGCAACUGCCCUUCACCCCCUCUGCCCCUCUCACUCAUUGCCCCGUCCAGCUCCGAGCUGCUCUGAGUGGAGACAGCACACAGAAACGAUGCUGCUGUAGCCCGUUAACAAUGCCACUGCUCACAGACUUGGAGUAUGAUCUCUUUAUUUUGGGCCAGCCUCCGCACAGUCACCAGAUGCUGAUAGUAUAUGUAACAUGCCAAAAUCUGUACCCCCACACGCCGGGCACAGACGCACCAGAGCAGCUCUACAGGAGAAGGAACAAGCACCGGAUGACACCGUGCACUCAGAGUCAGGUGGAUUCAUUUCGCCUUCUGAAGUAUGAGAUCUCAAUACCAAAUCCCUGUUAUGAAGCACAGAAAUCUUUACUGCAGCAACGGCACAACGCAGCUCCCGGGAUGAUCCUGAUGUACAUUAAAGGGAAGCUGUUGUUCAUUGGUUACAUUGAGUACACUGAUCACAGCUGCCCAAUUAAAAACAUUGAAACUCAAAUCUCCAAAUCCAGAGGACAGUAUAGAUCAGGCUUGUACCUCCCUUCAGACUUCAAGUUCAGUGACAAAGUUGAUACUCCUGUAGCUAAAGACAUUACAUCAUCAACUAUACAAGGAAGUCCAGAGAUAACAAUACCCCAGUCCAAAAAAGACAGUUAUUAUAAACAAAAGAAGACCUUUUCCACCUUGUGA